GAGAGAGAGAGAGAGAGAGAGAGAGAGAGAGAGAGAGAGAGAGAGAGGUGUCCGUGCUCGCUGUUGUGACCGUUAUUGUGGCAGCUUUGGGACGCAGCAGGACCUCAGAGCUUUUACAGUCAUCCAGGCGUCAUGGGGAAGGUGGAAGGAGGGAUGAAAUGUGUCAAAUACCUUUUGUUCGUCUUCAACUUCAUAUUUUGGCUGAUGGGGUCUUUUGUCCUAGCAGUGGGUCUGUGGCUGCGUUUUGAUCCAGAAACCGUGUCUCUGCUUGCUGGCGAUGCUGCUCCUGAUACCUUCUUCAUUGGCGUGUAUAUUCUGAUAGGUGCUGGCAGCCUGGUGAUGCUGGUCGGCUUCUUCGGCUGCUGUGGUGCUGUUCAAGAAUCUCAGUGUCUGCUGGGUUCAUUCUUUGCCUGUCUAUUGAUCAUCUUUGGCGCUGAGGUGGCAGCAGGGGUGUUUGGGUUCUUAAACAAAGACAAGAUAAUCGAGGAUGUCCAGAACUUCUACACAACAGCUUAUAAUGCCAACAAUAAUGGCACACUCAUAGCCUCAUACCAGAAAGUGCUCAAUUGUUGUGGAACCAGAACUACCCCUUGUCCGGAUCCCAAACCAGACACUAAGGACUGUGAGUCGGGCAUUAAGGAGUUCUUCAACAGUAAACUUUACAUCAUUGGUUACAUGGGUAUCGGCAUUGCUGGAAUCAUGAUUAUUGGGAUGAUCUUCAGUAUGGUGCUAUGCUGUGCUAUUCGAAACAGCAGGGAGGUCAUCUAAAGUGGAGCCGUGACCUUUAAUCUCUUCCUGCAAUUAAUCCUGAAAGACUGUACAGCUUGUACAGUCCAUCAUCCACUCAGACCAUGAAGCAGACCAGGUGAAAAAAAAAAC